AUCUGCUUCUAAGACAUUGCUGGUGUCUCCCUUCCUCAUGGCUGGGGCUGUUGCCUUUCACUGCCAGCACCCUCAAGUUCCCCCACCUAUUGAGGUAGAUGGGUGGAAUUUCUAGGCCACUUUCCAUCAAUUAGCCUGUGGUCUCUGUGCAUUUAAUCAGAAUCAUGGGAUUGUUUGAUAAGCUAGCAGGAUGGCUUGGUCUGAAGAAGAAGGAGGUUCAUGUUUUGUGCCUUGGGUUGGACAAUAGUGGCAAAACAACUAUCAUUAAUAAACUUAAACCUUCAAAUGCUCAAACUCAAGACAUAGUUCCAACAAUAGGAUUCAGUAUAGAAAAAUUCAAGACAUCCAGUUUGUCUUUCACCGUGUUUGACAUGUCAGGUCAAGGCAGAUACAGAAACCUGUGGGAACAUUACUACAAAGAAGGCCAGGCCAUUAUUUUUGUCAUUGAUAGCAGUGAUAAAUUAAGAAUGGUUGUGGCCAAAGAAGAACUUGACACCCUCCUGAAUCAUCCAGCCAUAAAGGUAUUUGAGUUGGGGAGGGAUUUCAAAACUUACCAGAAAAUUUGUGAGCACUCCCAAAGCAUGCGGCUGAGGCCACGUGACCCAACAGUGUGCGUCUUGGUAGGAUACAACCUUCAAAGAACCACAAUGACAGAUAUCAAACACCGUAGACUACCUAUCUUGUUCUUUGCUAACAAGAUGGACCUCAGGGAUGCGGUAUCAUCUGUGAAAGUCUCUCAGUUACUGUCUUUAGAGAACAUCAAAGAUAAACCAUGGCAUAUCUGUGCUAGUGAUGCGCUUAAAGGAGAAGGGUUACAAGAAGGUGUAGAUUGGCUCCAAGAUCAGAUCCAAGCAAUGAAGACAUGAGAGGCCAGUAAGAUAAAAGACCUGUCAUGCAUUAACUUUGGCAGUAGAUGGUACAAGCCCCUGGAACAGGAAGGAAGACUUAAAACAAAAAAACCCUAAAUACAGUGCAUUCUGUUGUUUUCUUUCAUUAUCUUUUACAAGGGCCCAAGAGGAGUAAGCUUUUUAGAAAAUGUAGUGCCUCAGGUAUGUACAUAUAUGAGUUAAAUUAAAUCUUUGCUAAGUCUGGAGAAAAUACUAAAAUUAACACACUUAAUAAGUAAGCAUCUGCAGUCAUUUAAGUUUUAUUGUGAAAUACAAUGUAAGCAUAUAAUACGUCAGAUUUUCAAAGUUACUAAUGAUUUCUGUGUGCCUGCAUAAUUUUUUGGGAGUCCAAACUUGAGAUAUCUUUUAAAGAAGACUCUUUCAGAAUGUGGAUGUGCAGCAGUUCGUGAAAAGUCGGUUCCCAUAAGGUGUCUCAAGAAGGACAUUCAAAAUCAGUAGUCACUUCUGAAAAUCUUGUCCCUGGUUUUAGCUUUUUAAAGUAUUUUUGUAACAUUGCAGAUUAAAAUGUGGUAUUUGUUUGUUAUAAAUGAUUGCAGAUGUUUUUAAGGAAUUGCUCAUAUUGUAAUGUAUGGUUAUAUUGUAAUGUAACAGCUGUACACACAGUCCUAUCAAUAAAAUAUAAGAUGUACAACA